GGAAUUGCACUACAGUAUGUGGGAGGCUUUUACCGCUCACCUUGAGAAGCGCACACGUCAUUCUUUUUUUUGAUGAGAGCGAGUGAGAUAAAGAGAAACCGCACAUCAACAGGACCAGGAGGCGAGUCCUUCGACUCUGACUCGUUCGUCUUCGUGUGCGUUUGAUGGUGAAGGAUAAGGCUCAGUGUGUCAAAUAACAGAAGAACUGAUGAGUGAAGACCGCACCGCUUCGUCCUCGUCACCAACCGAUACAAGAUCAAGAUGAAUACGACCGUCGACACGGUGGUGGACCGCUCCAUGACCAUGCCAAAGCUCGAGGCGUGGCCGUUAUGGCGCCGUUUGCUCGUAAUUUUGUUGGGCGUUGUCAGUUCGCUGCUCUGUGCCGGGCUGGUUUUUGGUUUUGCCGGUCUGUACCCACGACUGCUGCAGCGGGGUGUUUUUUACCAGGACUGCGUGGAUCCCAGCCACUCGCUGUCCUCGCAGAUACUGAUUCCCAAUGGAAGACAACCACGACUGGGUGAAGAAGUGCAAGUCGAGGGCGAACAACCGGCUGCAAUCAUACAGGCGGAAGACCUGUUACGCCCACGCGCGGCCGUAGAGCGUCGAGGAUUUCCCGACAUCAUGCCACCCAAAUUGGACGCGGCGUCAAAGUUUUUGUCUUUGCCGCAAACUGCAACCGAGGCAAUUAUCCGGAAAGCUACGACAACGCAGAGGAACAGAUCUCGCUCUGGUGACUCUGAAAAUAUGUUGCAGAUGAUCAAAAGUGACGACUUCAACGACGCGCAAAAAUCUACUACGGCCGAUCUAUCUGUCAGUGCGCCAAGAGCGGAGACCGCGGCCAAGGCCGCCCCAUCAGCACGGACGAUCAUACUCCAAACCCCAUCAGCAGACGACACCACAACCGCGGACAGUCUGAGUCGCACGACUAGAGAGAGCAACUACCUCCUGGAGAACUACCUGUUGGAAGCCAGCACGGCUCCUCGUGUGCGCAGCGAAACUUCUCCGACGGCCUCGGCCAAGACGUGCAGUGCGCAGCAGCUGGACUUGAGCUUCAUGUUUACGCUCGCAACGACGCUCCUGAAUGUGACAGCGUUUGUGAGCGGGCUGCUCCUGGAUAGCCUCGGACCCAAGUACGCGGCCUGCCUGGCGGCGCUCAUCUCGGGAUGCGGAAACUGGCUGUUUGGAUACGGGUUCUACUACGUGGGCUUCCAGAUGAUGGCGGUGGCCGGCCCAUUAGUUUACAUGGCCACGAUUUCCUUUUCUAAUCUGUACCCCCACCUUGGGGGGUUGAUUACCUCUGCCUGCUAUCCUAUACCCGCGUUUCCCAUUUCAAUCCUCGAUUCGAUUUGUAGUGCAACCGCAACCGCAUGGGCGUAGAAAACUGUGUAACUACAUACGAAAAAUACCCUAUGUAUACCGAGUGCAUGUGUAACCUUCGCUUGCUUGUCCUCAAGUGGUGCAUUUCAAAUUGAAACUCGAGUUGAAGUUUGUGAAGAAAAAUUUGCAUAGGAUACCUUCGUCGGCUGCUUUGAUGCCUCAUCGUUCGUGUUUGUAAUGUAUGAUGUGCACACCGAACUCAACUCCAUCCCUCGCCUCCCUUACUUUCUCAGUCUCCUUCUAUUUGCAUUUGUUUUUGUAAUGCAAAACGUCAUGUUCACUCUAUCAUUAUCUCAAUCUCUCUCACUCUUUGCUCCUGGCAUCGUUUGUUCUAAAUCAACACACAAAGAAAUUUGUAUGUUGCUUUGAUGUGGAUUUCAUGCGGAUGCAGCUUCAUUUUGCAGCCUCUUCAUCAUCUGUUUCCGACUUCGAUUGCUCGUCUGGUAAAACUAAAACUAGAUCGACGCUCUUCGAAUUAGGAUUGCGGUCAGAGGGGCGAGUUGUACUAGUUGUGCAUUUGCAUAUGAGCCUAGCUGCCUGCAUGAGCUACCUCCCAUUCGACGACGUGUUCCAAACCUACAGCCUUGUCGGCCUUUCCUUGGCGGUGCUGUUUCUGCUGUUCUACCCGCGACUGCCCAUCCGCGCGGAAGAUGUGCGAGCCUGGGAAUUGCAGGAACAACGGCGAGUCGAGGAAGAAAAGCAAAAGCGCGAAAUGAAGAAGCAGAAGUCAAAUGGCAAGACGCAAGCUGGCGACGCAACGGCAGACGAGCCAACGCGAGACCGUCGCGACUCACGUCUCACCGAGGCUGACGCGACCACCAUCCAAGUAGCCGCGGAUCAAGAUGAGGAGGAGUUGGAGCGGGACAAGCGGUACCAGCAGCUCCUGGAGGACCAGGACAAUUUUGCCAAGUACGACGGGCUCACCCUGCUGGAACAGAUUCAGACGCCGGACUUUCUCCUCUUCGCCUUCAGCGCCAGUUGCUACAUGGUGCGCCUCAACUUUUUCAUAGAGUCCGUGCCCCUGCAGAUGCAGCAGUUUUCACUUAGCAGCGAAGAGGCCGAUAUCCGCACGCAUAUCUUCUCGGUCAUGCUACCAGCGGCAGGUACGUGAACUACUUUUUAGUGAACUGGUAGCAUAAAGACGCACCAGCACAAAGCGCAAGCAGCACGCGAGCAUUUUUUUCUUAAGCUCAUUGUCAUUGUUGUUCAUCUACGUCUACUAGCAGAGACCACACCUCAGCAAGUCCUAAACUUCUUCUGUUUGAUAAACAAUACGCACUGCUCGAGAUUUAUUCCGUUUUUUGGCUAUUCAUCAAGUGAGAGGGAGUCCGUGAUGUAAAUUGAUGCAACUCUUAACAAAGGCAUCGUCGGGAUUCCAAUUAUUGGGUAUUUGACCGAUCAUUGUGGAUUGAUGUGUUCCUGGGUGGCGUUGUGGGUGCUUUUUCUGCUGUCCCAACUCCUGCAGGAGCUCGAUUGCAUGUACACAGCCUUUGUGUGCUUCACCCUAGCCCGACCUUUGACGUACACCCUGAUCGCCACCUUCUCCAGCCGCAGGUUCGGGCUCGCCAGCUUCGGGAAAUUGUACGGCGCUAUCAUGUCCAUUGCAGGGAUCGUCAACUCAUCGCAAUACCUCCUCCACCUCUGCGUCCUGCGCCUGUAUUUUUGAUACAACUAUGUACAUACCUAGCGUACACGACUUUCAUUAUUUCUUACGUAAGUUAUUUUGCGCGGCAGCGGCUUGCCCUUGCCCAAGAAGGAACUGCAAAACAUAAGCCGCGCACGAUUACAAGACGCCCACGAAUACGCACUAUCGUCUCGUCAUGUAAACGCAAAGCUUAAACUACUUGGCAACCAACUGAAAAAUUGUCGCGACCGUGCCACCGAGCGCCAGAAAUAUGGAACCCAUAUCCGCUACCGCUCGGGUUUGCAGUGCCACUACCCCCACGGACGAGCGGUAUUUUCACCCCAUUCGCGCAGGACCACAUCUAUCAGCCACAAUGGUCGGGAUCGGACACCUUUCUUCAGAAAUACAGCUUGAUGGUGAAGCCAUCAUGCCGAUGCGCUGUCUUUUUAAGUACUUUUUAUUAACGGUGUGAAGAAUCCAUUCUCCCGAACAUUCGAAAAAUACUGCGCGCGACAUAUCUGGUCUGCUGGUUCCCUGGCCUUGAAACCUAGCGCGAAGGUGCGUCUGUAGCUCUUGCGCGACUCGCAGGAAGCGGGAAUGCUUUGGGCUUCUGGAUGUUUUUAAAAUUUGCAAAAUGUAAAAUUUGCGGGCAAACUUUCCGGCAAAUGUGCGGCUAAAAUAGUGCUGCAGCAAAUUUGUGUCAAAUUUCCGACAAAUUUGAUGCAAAUUUUCAACGAUUUGCAGCAAACUUUUUGCGUCGCAAUACUGCGUCGCAAUAUUGCGACGUCUCCUGAAAGAGUUUGUUCUAGGACUCUAGUCCCGUUUGUUGGCGUGUUGGCGCGACGCAUUUUCGAGCGCGACAUAGCAAAUUUGAAGCCAGCCAGAAGCAAAUUUGAAGCAAAUAGAAGCAAAUUCGAAGCAAAUUUGCAGCAAAUUUGAUGUAGCAAAUUUUGUUGCGCCCCCCACUGAGGCUGUCGCCUUCCCGUAAGCUUGUGAGCGAGGGCCGCGCAUGGUCUCGCCAGAUCUGGUGGCUCGGUGGGACGCAAAGCUAGCUGCCUGCGUCUCGUUUCUUCUUUAAAAAAAAAGCCGCGGACAAUAUUUUUCGAUGACGGCCAGAAUGGAUACUUUAAAGCGCUAAUUUUAGUUCCACUCAACGUCAACACGAUCAGGCCUAGUCGGCAUUCCAGUCAACGGCUUUCUCACGGAUCAGUGCGGCACGGUGGCUAUGGACAAAAGGAAAAGCGUACUAGUUGCCUCUGCGCCUAUUUUUUUCUUUAGUGGGUGCUUAUUUGUGUUUCUUUGUAUUUCACCUUGCAUUGGCUCAUAGUCGGACUGAGCAGAUUGAAGAUUGGUUUGAUGUCUCAUAGGAGGUGCAGCUAUAGGACGAACAAUGUGAGAAAAAAGUUGUCCUUACGUCUUUAGACUUGAAUCCGAUUGUGUUCGGGUGCCGGUGCCGUUAAAGCUCAAGGCAAUGCUGGCAAGUGCAAAGUCACACUCCUAGGCACCAUGUGUGCGAGGAAAGGAACGUGUCUGUGAAAAAAUGGUGUGGCCGCUUAAUAUAAUUACGCCUUUUCCUUUUCAUAAUCCCGAGCUGGGCUGCGUUGUGGUUUUUCUUUCUUGCCUUUCAGCUGUGCUUUGAGCUCGGGCUAUCAAAGAAGAGAACCCGCACCCAUUACACGACACAGCCUGUACGACUUUAAAAUACUUACAAGAUGCAAAUGUUGAAAAUAUCUGUCUCUGUGCAUUGUUCUUGGUUCGUGCGCGACAUUUGAAAUAGCAACGACCAGCAUCGUCACAGUCAUUCUUCUUGUUGAUGUUGUCAUCGACAUUGUGAUCUGGGUGCGCUUUUCCUGUCUACGCAGAUGGUUUUUGUCCUCCUUUGUCUUCAUCUGCCUCGCCCGACCGCUGUUCUACACCAUUUAUGAUGGCUGUCGCUUGGAAAUACUGACGGCGCUGCAGAAGACCCCAGGGCCAGUGGCCCACUCCUAUGUUAUUUUUUGGUUUUCGUUUUGGAAAAACAAAAAUACUUAUUCACAUUGUUGUGUGUUGUAACAAAUGCAUUCAUCGCCAUCGCGGAGGCGGAGCAAGAGCUUCGACGAGGUCGAUGCAGCGAGCAGAGUCAUGAUUUGCUUUUGCUCGAAAAAUAAAAGUAAAAGCAUCAAACCGAGAAGAAGGCUCGUGUUUAUCACGCAGUCGAUACACAUCCGCAGGCAUCGAUCUUAGCAUGAAGGUCGUUCUUACCUCGACCGUGGGAGAUAGAUUUAGCAAAGAACAACACACAGGGCAAAUGCCACAAAUCACGGGAUUUCCAAGCGCAUGCCGAGAUUGCCGUCUUUACCGGCCGCCAUUUUGGGUUUCAGACGUUCGGCAAGCUUUAUGGGACAGUGUGCUCGGUGGCAGGGUUGGUUAUCAAACUGCAAUUUCUGCGUAAGGGUCUUGCUCCUUACUAGUUGGUUGCUUGCAAAUGGCAAUACAUCGUACGGAAAGCCGCAGUCUCCAUGGAGAUUCUACUUUUCAUUUCUUCUCUAUUGACUCAGUUGCCUGGUGCCAUGGAAGCGACCGAGCGUAAGCAUCUGCUUCAAAACCAUUUUGCAUUCUGUCUAUCUCGGCAAACCCUGAAGAUAUGCGCAAGAUGGCAUACUGGCUAACGCUUCGCAAUACUACUUGAACAAAGUCCUCGUCCAAAGUGUGUAUUUCUAUUUCCUACUCCCGUUGUAAUCAUGCGUGGCAUAUUACUACUUUUUCGAAUUUGCAACGAGCCGCUGCUCAUAGAUGAGAUCUCAAUACUGUAGUCCCCUACAUGAAUUUGAAUUAUGUCAACCACAUGAAAAUGAUACCUAAUUCUAAUACACCACACAACAGCUACGACGGCAAUUACGUUCCAGUGAAUCGUCUUUUGACCACGGUGCAGGUUUUCACGAUCGCCCUUCCAGUCUACCUUUUCUACGACGCAAAGAAUCGGUGGGCCGCUGACCAAGUGGGGAAGAACGACGUUGCGUUUGCUGGAACACGACUCAAAAAUAUGAUGGUCAGCAUGGACGUUGACACAACGGAGCAACCACCCGGUGGAAUAAGAGCAUUUGGUAGUACCAGCAACAUCAACAUGAGCAACAACGCGGCAAAAAAUCUCCUGAUGAAGGGGGCGAAAGACGGCGCAGCUGCUGAUAUGCGAAACACGAACAACUACAGCAACGACUUCGACGCAAAUAAUCUGAACAAGGUGCACCCAACUGCGUCGCAACCUCCGACCGGUUACGGUUACGGUGGCCCUGCUCCCGAGAGUGCUGCAGCACGAACAUCCGCAGGCGCUCGUAGCUCUUUCCCGCCGAGCAUGCAGCACGCUAGAAGCUGGCCGCGGGCAACAGCUUCACGGCACACGCAGCGAAGCGACGAACCGCAGUUGUCUAUGUUCAAUAGUCCGACAGAGUCUAUCGGCGCUUUAUCGCGCGUAUCCCAGGCUUCGAUACGGUUCGCAUGAACUCAAGAAUUGGAAAUUCGCAGGGCAGCGGCAACCGCGGCGCGGCGGCUGGAAUUGCAGUGCAACAGCGCCGCCGCCGGUGCGCCAUGGGUUUCUGCGACGCCUUGCUCAGUGAGCAUCGACUCGCGUAGAUACUUUUUUUGUCUGCUCUAUUCAUGAUACCCAGUGUAGUCGUAGUAAGUCGCAAGCCCUCAACGCCCCCAUUUAAUACGCGAUUCAAAAGCAUGCGACAUACAUACGUACUUUUUCACUUUCACAAUUUUAAUAUGACAACCAACUCAAAAACAAGAAGAAGACAACAAAACUAAACACCGGAAACAGAAAACACACCUGGAGCCCAUCAUUAUCAAGUUAGAAGACGACACACGCUGGACACACUUGUAUUUCCCUUCAGCGGCCUUCCUUGAUGAAAAAGAAAAUGAACGACAUCUAUCGCCCGUUCGCGUACAUUAAUAUUGCAUGAAUAGAUUCAGUAGGACUUGCUGAAAAUGAACGAACCCGAUCGGUCGCGACGGUUAGGUCUCCAAAUUGUGUGGACAUAGAUAUGAUGAAUUUCCAGUAAGAUCGUCACACUUUAAAU